UCUUUUUUUAAUUAACUUCUUAAGCAACUAAAAGCAUAUGUGUGCAAGUUAGUAAAUUGAAGUUCUUUAUAAGUUACCAGUAUGAAUAAGGAUUCUCAGCUAUUUUGUUAUUCCGUUUAAAUAUUUAAUGCGACAUUGUUGCAAAAUGCAAGCUCAAUUUGAUGAGCAAGUUGAUUGGGGAACAAAUUGGAAUGUAUUGGGAGCUGCACCUGUAAUUUAUCCGUAUGCAGGAAGUUCGGUUCAUGGUAAUGAUUUAAGGCAUACUAAACUGAGUAGUAGAAGAGAUGAUUUACUUCAUAAACCUGGCCAAGAAGAUGAAAAUGAAAUAGUUACUGAAAAUGCUGCUUUUGUGCAUUCUGAUCCUCCUCAAGUGGGUGAUGGUCCCCCAAAAGUUGAUACCGAGGUGGAAAUCCUACAUGAGAAGGUCACAAAACAAAUCAUUAAGGAAGGACAUGGUCAGAAGCCAUCCAAAUAUUCAACAUGCUUUUUGCACUACAGAGCAUGGACUGAAAGCACCCAGCACAAGUUUGACGAUACAUGGCAUGAACAGCGACCAGUUGAAAUGAUCAUAGGAAAAGAGAAGAAAGAAAUGAUGGGUUUAGCUAUUGGUGUUUCCAAUAUGAAGACUGGUGAACGUGCUCUUCUGCAUGUCGGCUGGGAAUUAGGUUAUGGGAAAGAAGGAAGUUUUUCUUUCCCAAAUGUUCCACCCAUGGCUGAUAUAAUAUAUGAAGUUGAGCUUAUUGGUUUUGAUGAAACCAAAGAAGGAAAAACUCGUGGUGACAUGACUGUAGAAGAGAGGAUUGGAGCAGCAGAUCGUAGAAAAAUGGAUGGAAAUGCUUUAUUUAAAGAGGAAAAACUUGAGGAAGCCAUGCAACAAUAUGAAAUGGCCGUUGCAUAUUUGGGUGACGACUUUAUGUUCCAACUGUUUGGCAAAUUUCGAGACAUGGCAUUGGCAGUCAAGAACCCUUGCCACCUUAACAUGGCAGCAUGUCUGAUAAAGCUUAAGCGCUAUGAAGAAGCCAUUGGGCAAUGCAGUAUUGUAUUAGGAGAGGAUGAAAACAAUGUCAAAGCAUUGUUCAGAAGAGGAAAGGCUAGAGCAGAACUGGGGCAAACAGAUGCCGCCCGUGAAGAUUUUCUAAAGGCUCGUAAAUAUGCACCUGAAGACAAGGCAAUUGCAAGAGAGCUGCGUUUGAUUGCUCAACAUGAGAAGGCUGUAUAUCAAAAACAAAAGGAGAUAUACAAGGGAAUUUUCGGACCACCACCAGAGCCAAAACCUAAGGCAAAGAAUUUUGUGAUACGCAUUUGGCAAUGUCUGAUUGUCAUUUGGCAAUGGCUGCGGUCGAUCUUCUACCGCCUAUUUAAGCGCGAAAGUCACAAAUCUGACUAGUUAAAAGAGUUCAAAUUGACAGAAGAAUGAUAACGAAGCAAAAUGUACUAAAGAGGAAUUGAUUUUCUUAAAUGCCAAAGGUGUUCAUAAACUUAUUUUCCAUGCUACUUUGAAUUUAUUCACUUCUGUGCCUGGAUGUGUAUGAACUUUCAAGUUUGUGAAAAAGAUGGUUCUUUAUUAUUAGAUUUGAAGAUAAACCGAUCAGUUUGUGAAUCAAAUUCAUAAAAGAGCUCUCUUUAUUUUUCUUUGCA